UUCAAACAUUUGUAAACAAGCUGAGAACUAAAAAAAACUUGCUAAAAUGCAAAGAAUUACAUCUCUGAUUUUAAGAAAGUAUGGAAAGUGGGAGACCUAGGUUUGGUCGCAGUAGGGGAAGUAGAAAUGCGGACAGCGAACAAGCGACAACAGAGGCUUACGACGGUCGCGACAGAAUUCGAAACAGAGACAAUAAUGAACCUUUUGUACCAGUAAGUGAAGAUGGUGUACGGACGAGCUCACCUACAUGUGAAGUUCCAGGGACUGCAUCAAGCAGAUGGAGCUCGCUCUCCAGGAGCACUUUAACUCUAGCCAGAGCGACCACUAGUGGAAAAGAAAGAAAUGACAUAAUAAAUGAGUACUAUGAUGAAACAGGUGUGGUAGCAGUUAUAGAAUCUUGGAUAAAACAGCUUGUUGACAAGAAGGAAUUACCUUACAACCCUUAUGUGGAUUUGGUUUGGCAAGCAAGACAAUGUGCAGAGAGGUUUCACUUAUUUGAAGAAGAAAAUACUUCAGUUCUUGAGAAGAUAGAAAACCAAGUAUUCAGUGUCGGAAGUUACAUUUCUCGCACCCAAGACAGUCCAGCUCACUGGGGUCUAUCAGCAAUACUGCAUGUUGUUAACACAGAGUUUCUUAGUCAGUUUGACUAUCUGUUGUCAAGUAUGAACUCUGAUGUGUCUACAGAGGACUCUGAAGAUUAUUUGGUGAGUUUAAAGCAAUAUGUUACAUGGAACUUGCUGCCAGGACUAGAUAAAAGGUUUCACUUAUUUGAAGAAGAAAAUACUUCAGUUCUUGAGAAGAUAGAAAACCAAGUAUUCAGUGUCGGAAGUUACAUUUCUCGCACCCAAGACAGUCCAGCUCACUGGGGUCUAUCAGCAAUACUGCAUGUUGUUAACACAGAGUUUCUUAGUCAGUUUGACUAUCUGUUGUCAAGUAUGAACUCUGAUGUGUCUACAGAGGACUCUGAAGAUUAUUUGUUUAUCUUACAGAAACCAUUACCAGUUCUGAUUGGUCCUUGUGUGUUUGGUGGAGGCCUCUACCCUGUAAAAAACACAGAAGACAUUGAAAUCAGGAUGGAAUAUGCUAUCAGUGGCCCAGGGAUAGAUCAGGCUUCCGAAAUAUUUGCCACAGCAGUGAUAAGGGAUCUCCAGUUGAUGAUUGAAGCUGAUACUCACAUUUUGCUUGGUUUUACCAUUCCAGUGGAAGAUGUGAGGAAUAGGGGACGUUGGAUUGAUGAAUUUUGGACAAAUCAAAACAUUGAUGAAGUAAAGGAUCAGUUUUUGAUGCUUCUCAAGUCUGCCACCUCAGCUCAGAAAAUUGCCUCUGCUCAGUGCAUGUUCAGGAUGCAACCUGAGAAGCAAGUGUUUAGAAGAGGAUGUAAACAAUACAACUUAAAUUUCACAAAGACAGAAGGAGAGAGGUCAAGACCCAUGUCUGUAUGUCCUUACCAGAGUGCACAUGAAGGAGUCUUUUCAACCCGUUCCAACAUCAAAGAGUACUUGUCCUGGUUUGCCAGUUUGGACGAAUGCAUGUUCAGGAUGCAACCUGAGAAGCAAGUGUUUAGAAGAGGAUGUAAACAAUACAACUUAAAUUUCACAAAGACAGAAGGAGAGAGGUCAAGACCCAUGUCUGUAUGUCCUUACCAGAGUGCACAUGAAGGAGUCUUUUCAACCCGUUCCAACAUCAAAGAGUACUUGUCCUGGUUUGCCAGUUUGGACGAAGCUCAUGAGCAACAAAGUUUGGUUACACCAGCUACCAACACAAGAACUGGGAGUCACGAUACAGGAAGGUCAAGAAGAAAUAGGUCUAGAAACACCUCCAAUCUUCAGCCUCAAUCCAGUGCCGUUACCAGGGUAACAAGUCAGGCUGCAUCACGCGUCACAAGUGAAGGAGAUGACAGUCAACCAGCAAUGGGACCCUAUGGUGAUGAACCAAUGGGAGCUAUGAAAACCUACCUUAGUGGCAAAAUCCUUGACCUUGCAGACGAAACUGAUUUCUUUAGAAUGCUUCACUACGUUAUUCUUUUGACCCUUCUAAACAGGGAGGAUGGUGAGAGCCAGGACUGUCUUGUGGAGGCCUACAGACUUAUGAGGAGCACAGCUUACCAACUUCAUCUUGUGAUGCAGCAGAACCACGUGCUUCAAGAUCUUGUGACCUUCUUUACUUCAUGUGGGAUGGGUGCAUCAGACAUUUUACAGACUCAUUUCAUGACCUACAGACAUUCCUUGAAGGACUUCUUCUGCAAUUCCUUGAAGGAGAAGAGCAAGGAUUUUCUGUAUUGUGGGAAUAAACUUCUUAACAUGCUGGAUGCUAUGACAGUUAUAAAUCCUCAUUUGGAUGGAAAAACGAGCACUGGUAGUUUACCACUUUCUGUAGAGGUCAGCAGGGGACUAGAAGUGAUAAACAGAUAUUGUGAGACAAUCUUCCUUGGCUUGAUAGACAUUGCUUUGUCUUGCUGUUCCUCUCUGAUGAAAUAUUUUCCUCCUGUGAAAAAAAAGAACUCUCUCAUGGUGCAGCACAGCUUUGGACAUGGAGUUGAAAAAGCAGACAUAAUCACCCAGGACAAGCUUUUGUUGUCUGUGGACGAACAGGCCAAAACUGUCGCUGCACCCGCUGUCAUUGCAAAGGAAACUGUUUUGAUGCAGUACAUUGCUGACUCGAAGCUUGAUCAAGUGUUCCACGAGUUUUUAGUUGACCUUGUGACUGACGAGGAGUGCAUCCCACCAAAUCCUUACCCCAGAUUGACAUCUGAACUCUCCGUGGCCGCCUUGAAAAUGGAACUGUUUGGAGAGAAGCCUGCAAAACUUUUGUCCAAACUCGUGACAACCUCUGUUCAACCUAUCGAUGCUGACAAUCUUGUGCAUCAUAUUCCUGGCAUUGAAGCAUACGGCACUGUAAGUGCGGUAGCAGCGCUGGAUGGAAGACAUUACAACACCCUUCGUUCCACACUACACAGUCUCGCCAACAAAGUCAGCACAAGAAUGACGGUUGCAGGUUUUUCGACCGUUGUUGACUUGGCUGUGUGUGGUUUUAGCCCCAUCUAUGGUCGUAUGAUGCCAUAUUUACACGAUGUGGAUCUGGAGGAGCAUUAUUUCGUUCAAGGUCCAAGUCACAGGAAGGCAGAAGCUAUACAACACUUUGCUAAACUCGUGUACGAGCAUCUCGUGGACUUCAGUGAAAAAGAAGAUGUUCUCUUUCUUGGUUUUUACCUCGGCGGAGAAACUCUAAGGCGAAGCCUUCACGACAUCGUACCUCCUCAAAGAAAGAAAACUUUCCUUUUACAGUUGAUUUCUUCUGUGAAAUCCAAACAGUCUUUGUAUUUGAGGGUGUAUGUUGCCUUUGAUUGGCGGCUUGUCAUGGUGAAGAAGACUUUUUGCCUGCAUCUUUUGCACGGACAAGAACAGGGCUACGAGCGGUUUUAUAACUCAAGCAGUAAUCCGUUAGCGUUUUAUCAAAUAGUCUUCUCGAGACAGGAUGCGGCGUUAUUAUACACGCGAUGCUGUGGACCCCAGGACCGUACGGACCCAUGCAAAGGGGAGAAUCUGGUACUUAGUUUAGUUCACGUGGAUCAUUACAUAGAGCGUGCUAAGGAAGAAGAUGACUUGUUGGCGGUUUAUCGAUGGCUCAUGGUAAAGUCGCUUAUAAGUAAGCACAAGUCGUAUCUUCUGGAAGCAUGGCGCAUGUUCCACAGUGUGGCUUUCCAACUUGAGUACUUAUGCACUGUGAAUAGGACACUACAGAGCCUCGUAAAUGAGGAAGUGAGCAGAGCAUUUAGACCGGUGUUGGACGACGAUGAGAGAACGUCACUUCUUGAUGCCUCAGCUUUAAGUUCUAUGGUAACCGCGUACUGUGAUAAACUGGAGCGGGUGUUAUCCCGCAGGACAGCCUUCACGCCGAAUGGAUUUCUGCCGCGCUUACGAGACAAGAUCCGUCUGGUGACUUCAACAAAUCCUGUCUCACGCACAUUAAAUUUACUUAUUUCGUCUAAAACGCCGGUUAUUCUACAGGAAAUCAAUGAACUGUUACAGCCAUUGGUGGAUGCCGCUGCCCACAAUGUUCACCUAGCCUGUCCUGAGAUUCAUCGCGCACUGAAGUCCGUUGAGGUUGACGUGACGGGCCGAAACUCCCGCAUGUUAACUGAGCAAAAGUGAACCAAACGUUUAUAGUUCUGAUGACAACUUGGACUCCCUUUCAUACACAAAAUGUUACGGAAAUAAUUUAUGUUCAACACACUUUUGAAUACAACUUGACAAAUACUUAAGCUAAUUGCCAUUUGGUUACACUAUUCAACCAUUGUUCGAUAGUUGAUACACAAAAUUCAGGGAUGCGUUUCAUUAAGGAAAUAGAAGUUUACCAUCAAAGCGGUAACCCUAUACACUCUAACAUCAGUAUGCAUAUUCUCCAUACUGUUCUCUAUACAUUUCCUGAGGUGCUGACAAGGAGAAUUUGUUUAACAAUCAAGAGAUUCUCUAGUUAAUUUAAUGAUAACGUUUAUUCUCAUCACCUUAACGUUUGAUUCAGGAGUGCUAAUAAUGAACUAUUGUUUCCUCUCUUUAUUAUUAUUUUUUUGUAUCAUGUCAAUCUAACAUUAAACUAAAAGUUAAGCGUA